AUGGCAGUGCCAUUAUAUAGGAGCUAUCUCAUUAAAGGUAUUAAAUUCAACAUCAAGGCACAAGAUGAUGUGCGGACAACUCAAAAUAGUGGAGUUUAUUUACUUGCACAUACUAUGCAAGUUGCUAGUGCCAAGGAUAAAAACCCAAUUCUCUCAAAUAUGGGUUUCUAUGGUGUCAUUCAAGAAAUUUGGGACCUUGACUACCAAAAGUUUACAAUCCCAGUCUUUAGGUGUGAUUGGAUUGAUAAUACUUCUGGUCUUGUAGUGGACGAACUUGGAUUUACCCUUGUAGAUUUGAGUAAAAUUGGACAUAGGAAUGACCAAUUUGUUUUGGCUUCUCAAGUCAAACAAGUAUUUUUUGUUGACGACCCGAUGCAUCGUGGUUGGUCGGUAGUGUUAUCAAUGCCUAAUAGAGAAUAUAAUGAUGUUAUUGGUGAUGAUGUCUUAGGUGAUGUGAGAAUUGAGUGUGAGCCAUUUACUAGGGGGAUGCCAAAUGUUGACACAUUUGAUGAAGUGGUGGUUGAGUUAGGGAGUCAAAAUAUUCGAGAUGGGUGUGAAGAUAUAUGGGUUGAAUGA